UGUGUGAGGGGAAAGCGUCCAGAAGUUUUACUGUACAUUAUUUUUUCUCUUUAGGUUUUUGAGACUAAAAUUGGUUUUUAAAUACACACCUGGGCUAAUGGAUACAGUAUUCGUUUAAAAGGUGGACGCGCGGACCUGAGUGAAAGCAUGGAAGAAGGGGAUUUGAUGAAGACUGCUCGGCUAUCAGCUAGCACAUGUUGAAAUGCUCAGAACUGGAUUACCGGGCUUUUGUUUAUUGUUUUGGAGCAUUUACAGAGAAUAAUUGGACGCAUAUUUAUUAGAAGUGUUAAUGUGGUGGAUUUUGUAGAGAAGAGACUGUAAACAGAAGACGCUUUGGACACAUGGGCUACUAAAGCAGUUCUAGUCGCCGCAAAUGUUGGGCUUUGUUUUUCUCAGAGACCGGUUACCUGCGUAUAAAGCCUUCAAAACCGGAAUAUUAACCUCGAUCUCCUGUUUAAAUGCCUAAUCCAGAGAUUUCUCACUCAGUUCGGAGCUCGUCGUCUCAACGGAACCGCAGACACGACGGGCGGAGCAGAGCUGCCGGGAGCGCCGAGGCUGGAGUGAACUCUGGCCGGCGGGAGAAGCACCCGGACGGGAAGCGGCGCUCAUCGGCAUCCCGGCGCAAGCGGCACAAGCACGCCAAGCAGCGAGAACCCCAGCGAUCACCCGAAAAACACGACGGUUUCUUCAGGGACGGAGAUGUUCACGAUUUAGCGGUGGAGUACGACGAUGUCAGCUCUCAAUCGGAGCAGUUCUCUGCUAGCCCGUCUUCAACAACCAGAGCCGAGAGGUCCCUGGACCGGUGGGGUGAUCCUGCCGAGUCCAGAGACGAAGCCCUGGCGGUGAGAAAACGGUCGAGAAGAGAGCCUGAUCUGCCAAGCUCAAAACAAAAUGAAAGCAGACAGAACAAAGAAAAGAAACUCAAGAACCGGGAAAAGGAUCGCACAAGAAACCAGGAUAGCAAUGGCAAAAAGUCAACAGACAAACGGGAAUCAAAGAGACACAGAAGCAGGACCAGAUCAAGCAAAAAGGAAACCCCGCAGGCGUACCGUGAUGACCGUGAUGAGCUUCGGGGAACCUACCGGAAAAGUCCUGGCUUUAAAGCAGACAGCCCAUACUCGUCAUACUCUUAUGGAUACCAGUCUCCCUCCUGCAAUCAGUUUUCGAGCUACAGUAAAAGGCUCUCUCCAAACUCCACCUCCUAUUAUGGCCGGGAUGCCGAGCUCUUCAGUGGUCAUGCAGUCUCUAAAAGUCCAGCGAGCAAACGGAGGCGCUCCCCAGGUAGCCCAUACGCCUGGCGUCGCUCCCAGAGUCCCUAUGAGCAGUGGGAACCAGCAGCCAGUCCAUACAGCCGGAGACGUUCUCGCAGCCCAUACAGGAAAUCAGUGAGCCCCAGUCCAGACCUAAGGCGUCCAGGGAAAUCACGUUCUCGGAGCCCGCACACAUCAUCAAGGCGUUCAUGCUCCCGUAGCCGGCAUCGACACUCGCGCUCUCACUCGCGGCCCUCCAGCCUCUCACCCAGCACGCUCACUUUUAAGAGCAGUCUGGCAGCUGAGCUUAGCAAGCAGAAGAAGGCGAAAGCUGCAGAGGCUGCUCGCGCCAAGAGCUCCAGUAACGCCUCGACACCGACCAAGGGUUCGUCUUCCUCUUCUGUUGCACCCCAGCCUAGUCCCAUCACCAAUCAUGCUGUGAAAAAGCUGAGACCCCCAUCCCCACCUCCAGUCUCUGAGAAAGGUCCCAGAAGCCCUGCACCCAGCCAGCCACAAUCCCCCACCGACAAGACCAGCAAGAGCAGCCUAGAGGUUCCUUCACAAGGAAGGGUGAAGGAGGAGAAGAAGAAAGUCCAGAUCGCUCAGGGAAAGGAGAAGGAGAAAGUGAAUGCUCCGGCAACUUUGUUGUCUUCACUGCCUAUGCCACCCAGUCUCACAGACCACAUCGAGGGAGGUGAUAGUCUAAAGAACUCAACACACUCAGGGAAGAAGAAACCAGAAAAGAAAACUCGCCAACUCCUGUCUGACCUCCCCCUCCCUCCCGAACUCUUGGGUGGCUCACCUCAUACCUUGUCAGAAGAGAAAAGAACCCCUGUUUUGCGAAGGAGACCAAAAAUAUGUGGCCCACGUUUUGGAGAGAUUAAGGAGACUGAGAUAGACUGGGGGAAACGGUGCGUUGACAAGUUUGAAAUUCUUGGCAUCACUGGAGAAGGCACCUAUGGACAAGUGUACAAAGCCAAGGAUAAGGACACUGGUGAGAUGGUGGCUUUGAAGAAAGUGCGAUUAGACAAUGAGAAAGAGGGCUUCCCAAUUACAGCUAUCAGAGAGAUCAAAAUUCUGCGUCAGCUUAACCACAAGAGCAUCAUUAAUAUGAAGGAGAUCGUCACAGAUAAAGAGGAUGCACUUGACUUUAAGAAUGAUAAGGGAGCAUUUUACCUGGUGUUUGAGUACAUGGACCAUGACCUGAUGGGGCUUCUGGAAUCUGGUUUGGUCCAUUUCAACGAGAGCCACAUAAAAUCCUUUAUGCGGCAGUUGCUGGAGGGUCUGGACUAUUGCCACAAGAAGAACUUCUUGCACAGAGACAUCAAGUGUUCUAACAUUCUGCUCAAUAACAAGGGGGAGAUAAAACUGGCAGAUUUUGGAUUGGCUCGACUCUACAGCUCAGAGGAAAGCCGACCCUACACCAAUAAGGUGAUCACACUGUGGUACCGUCCACCUGAGCUUCUGCUUGGGGAAGAGCGGUACACGCCUGCCAUUGAUGUGUGGAGCUGCGGGUGUAUUCUUGGUGAACUCUUUACUAAGAAACCAAUUUUUCAGGCCAACCAAGAGCUGGCACAAUUAGAACUGAUUAGUCGUAUCUGUGGCAGUCCAUGUCCUGCUGUGUGGCCAGAUGUGAUCAAACUGCCUUACUUUAACACCAUGAAACCAAAGAAACAGUAUCGGCGUAGACUUCGGGAAGAAUUCGCUUUUAUUCCUCUGGCAGCACUGGAUUUGUUUGAUCACAUGUUGGCCCUUGACCCCAGCAAGCGCUGCACAGCAGAACAGGCUCUGAGUAGUGAUUUCCUCAAAGAUGUGGAUCCAGCUAAGAUGCCUCCACCAGAUCUUCCUUUGUGGCAGGAUUGUCAUGAACUGUGGAGUAAGAAGCGUCGCAGGCAGAAGCAGAUGCCCGAGGAACUAGUUGCUCCAAAAGCUCCACGGAAAGAGUUAGGCCUGGAUGAUAGCCGCAGUAACACACCUCAGGGGUUCCCUGCUACUGGAGUACCCAAGGGGCCCGGUGCCACCAUUGCUGCUUUGCUGGACCUGAAAGGUCCCAACUCUCAGCUGACCAAGGAACAGUUGGCUGUACUUUUAAACCUGCUCCAGUCUAAAAGUACCCCACUUGGUUCUGCACAAUUUACUCAAGCCAUGGGCUUUAACAUGAACCCUGAGACCCUGCAGCACCUCGCCAAAGCCCUCGUUCCUGGAGCCACUGACCCCGAGAGGCCUGUGGAGCCUCCUGUCCCUCCUUCUAAACCCCCACUCUCGACUUCAGUAGUGGCUGGGGUCCCUCGAACCCCACCUAUGCCUAAACCUCCAUCACCACCAACCCCUCAGCAGGGCAAACACGAUGGAGAGGCCUCUGCCGCAGCCACACAAACAGCUGUUACCAUGCUGCUAGCUCAGUUACUCAAAGUUCAACAGGGUUCAGAAACCCUUGGGACUGAGGGUGUGGAAGGAACCGUUUCUUCAGUUGCUGUGGGAACUGCUGCACCUACCAUUUUACCAGAGAUGAAACAACCACCCGAGCCGAGCCCCGUUUCACCAGCUGACGUUGGUGAGAGAUCUGCAGCUCUGCUCUGGAAUCAGAUAUCAGUGACAGAGGACAGUAGAUCAUCCUGCAGAGCUCCAGAGCCACUUUCCAUUUUGCCUCCUAAUCAGAGACCUCCAGAGCCACCGGAACCCCCUCCAUGUGCAGACCUGGACUACCGGCAGGCCCCUGAGAGCCAGCCGAGCCUUUCCUCCACUUCCUCAUCCUCUGUGGGAGCACCAGAACCGGCACGUCCACCUGAACCUGACUAUCCUCCUCCUCCUCCUCCACCACCUAGAGGUCACCUCCCCCCUCCACCCUUUCCUCCUGCAGGCUUUGGAGACAGCUACCUCAGCCACAUGAUGGGAUCAGGAAUGCCCCCCCAUAUCCAUCCGACCCCCCCUGCCCCGGUACCCUUUGCUCAUAGAGGACCACCAGGGGGCAGUGCAGGUGGACUUUCUGCAGGUGGAAGCGGCAGUAUGGUGUUUAGCGGAGAUAAAGACCAUCGUUUUGAGUACAAUCACAGCCCAAUACCUGAGGGCCCACCCCCACCCCAUCCCACGAGUAUUCAUCUAUACAACCAGGAUCCAGGAGCACCGCUCCCUUCCAUGCCCCUGCCACCUCCAGGCCAAGUGUGGGGCUCGCCCUCACAGUCUGGAGCACCGCCUCUUCCUCUUGGGUAUGUCCCCCACUUGAACACUGCAGCACUAAGGGGGAGGGGACUCCCAUACUGAUUUGGAGGAGGUGACAGACUCGCCCCUGUUCAAGUAAAGACUUUAAAAUGACAAGCAGUUGCCACGGAUCAAGCCAGCACUGAGUGCACCACAGAGGCACACUUCAUUUCUUAAUAAUUCAAUAACGGAUGCAGGGAGGCACUCCUGUAGAAGAAUUUGGCUUGGAGGGAUGACAAAUGAGGGGAUCUUUGUCCUCUUGUUCUUUUUUUUAUUCCUUACCUCUCUUUUUAAUUUCAUAAUCUAUUCAACUGCUGUCUGCAAAUCAAAUUUGACUCUGACUUUUUUUUGGAUGUGCAUUUACCAGUCAGGGUAAGUGUUUUUAUGACCUGUCCCUUAGUGACACCUUUAAUUGCGUCAAUACAGAUUAGUAUUACGGUGUUUUGCACUACUGAAUAAAGUAGGUGGAAACAAUAAGACAAUAAUAAUGAUGUGCUGUAUCUGCACAAGAUGAAUUGACAAGUAAUGUAGGGUUUUUUUUGUUUCUUUCUUUCUUGCUAUGCCCCCCUCCUUUUUUCUAACGUUGUUGUGGGUUCAGUCAGUUAUUUACUGGAGGGGCUUUUAUAAAAAGAACUCCAGUGAGAUUGGCAGCACUUGUGUUUUCAACUAGCCUGUUUUCAAUUGAUAUGUCUACUGAACAACUAAAGGAAACAAAGCUGCGUUUUCUCACCAGUUCCACCAGCCCUUGUCUACAGCCAUUGUACAAGAGACUAAAAACAAAAAGAGACCAGUUUAUUCCCGUUUAAAGAAGGCGAGGAACAGCAGUGUCUUUUUUUUACCAAGAUGUUUUUUGUUGUUUUGGCAAAUGUUUAUUAAAGAAAUGCCAACAACCUAUA